GACGUCAGAUGCUGUUGCGUCGAGACCGUUAGCGGUGGGGGGGGCGCCAUCAGAUCCAGAGCAAACGGGCGAACCUGUCAAAUCCACCGACAGAGACCUCAAUACCACCGUCUGACUGAAAUCUCCGCUUAUAAACGUCCCUGUUCAGAAGGGUCGUUCUGAGGAAAGAUGUCCCAGGACAAGACCGGCUACCCUAUAAUGGGUGAGAACAAGCCCCAUAAUGUCUAUGGACCACCCCAGUCUGAUGCCUUUGGGAUGCCUCCUCCUAACUACACCCAGGCCCCAGGUGGGCCCCCAUAUGCAGCACCAGGACCAUAUGGCCAGCCUGGUUAUCCCCAGGGAGCACCUGGAUUUGCCCCUGGGCCCUUUCCGCAGAUGCCCUACCCACAAAUGCCAUACCCUCAAGCCCCAUACCCCCAGGGGCCAUACACACAAGGCCCCUAUCAGCAAGGCCCUGGGCAGCCUGGUUUUGGUAUGGAUCCAAAUGCUUCCAUGAGCCCGGGGUAUCACGGUGGAGAUGUGCCGCCUUCUUAUUAUGACAACGAGGAGUUUGCCAAUUCUGAAUGGGAGGAUAAGACUAUCCGGCAAGCCUUCAUCAGAAAGGUGUUCAUGGUCUUAACUGUACAGCUGAUGGUAACAUUCUCCUUCGUUGCUCUUUUCACCUUUUCAACGGACGUCAAACUGUUUGUGCGACAAAACCGGUGGCCAUACUAUGUGUCCUAUGCAGUCUUCUUUGUGUCUCUUAUUGUGCUUAGCUGCUGUGGAGACUUCCGUCGCAAGCACCCCUGGAAUCUGGUGGCACUGUCCAUUCUAACACUUAGUCUGUCCUACAUGGUGGGGAUGAUUGCCAGCUUCUAUGACACGGAUACCGUCAUCAUGGCUGUGGGCAUCACUGCAGUGGUGUGCUUCACUGUGGUGCUCUUCUCCCUGCAGAGCAAAUAUGACUUCACUUCAUGCCGAGGUGUCCUCUUUGUCUGCUUAAUCGUGCUCCUCCUCUUCUCCAUCCUUUGCAUCUUCAUACGCCACAAGAUCCUGCACAUCGUCUACGCCUCCCUGGGGGCUCUGCUCUUCACCUGCUUCUUGGCCGUGGACACUCAGCUUCUGCUAGGCAACAAGAAGCUGGCCCUCAGCCCAGAGGAGUACAUCUUCGCUGCUCUGAACCUCUACACUGACAUCAUCAACAUCUUCACGUAUAUCCUGGCUAUUGUGGGCCGCUCCCGGGAGUGAGCGUUCCCCAUGGAUAAGAGAACAGGAAGUGCAUCCAACCACACAGAAUAAAACCGUUGCACUCUAUCAUCUUGUCUUAUAAUCCUUGUAGUUCCCCCUCUUCAAAACUCCUCCUUUCUCAACAUUUCCUCUCCUUAGCAAAUGUACAGAGUUGUUAGAAAUUUCAUUAUACACAUCCAGCAGGCCUUGCGUGGAUCGCAACAAGGAAGGGCAUAUAUAAUUUUAUUUUACUCAUUUAUUGGAAAAAAACAUUUCAGGUCUUUUGAAUUGCGCGUUGUGUCUUCUUGCAGAGCUCCUCGCAUAUUGAAACAGCUUUUGUGCAUUUGGGAUUGGUAGAGUGUAGUGUGACUCACCAGCUGCAUCCAAACAGCAUGAGCAGAAACCAAUUUUUUUUUAUCCUGAUAUCUGUGAGUUUGGCACUCUGCCUGGUAAUGUUAAUACUACAGUAACAGAGAGAGAGAGCGAGAAAGGCCAGGAAGUUAAUGGAGAGGACAGUGAUAUGGCGAUUACGGAGGCAAAGCUUCAGAGUGGGAUGAUACUUCAGUCCUCAUCUCUGUCCCUAUUCAUCCUCACCAGUCUAUGUACCGGUGAUCUGCAUGGUAAACUAACACGGCGAAGAAUGAAACUAAAUGAAAAAUACAAUCAUAGAUACCUCUCCAAAUGCCUGCUUACUUUGUAGCUGCAAAUAGUCGUGAGAAGCUCAGCCCCUCCCCUCAGCUCAAGGCAUGUCUGUAUGAAUGGCUGCAGUGCUCCACAGUGAAAACACCUCUUUAGGAAGCAAAGACCAAAAUAUAACAGUCUGGAAGAUGUUUAAUUGACAUGGACUUAAUAUUUAUCACUAACUAAAUGCUAACAUACAACUUGUGUAUAUAUUUAUACAAUGUACAUUGGUGACAUGUACUGGAAAGUAUACAUAUACUUUUUCUUUUGAUUGAAGGGAAGUGUGAUUGUGUAGUAUGCGCUUUUAUAUGGAUCCAGAGCUCAGUAUUGCAAGUUCCAUGAACAUGAGUUGAUAUAGCUAAUGCUUAGCCUCUUUCUCUUUUCCUGCACAAUUUCUUUAUUUGUUUGUGAACUUUAUUAUUUAUGUAGCACGGUCUGUACAUGUUUUCCUUCGUUUCGAUUCCUAGUGUGGAAUGUUUGCAUACUGUUUUUUUUUGUUGUGGUUUUAUUUUUCUUUUCUUUUUUUUUACAGUACUGUAAAGGGUACUAGUAAUUGCUUUUUAUUAUGAACCAGAAAGCAAACACAAGUCAAAGGGUAAAUCUAUAGUCUUGCUUUUGUGCUGCGUUAUUUAUGAUCUAUUUAUUGAAGUUUACUGUAGCACCCAGCACUGGAAGACUGGACUACAUGUUGUGCUUCUGCUUCCUGAAGUAAUUCAGUUAAAGCAAAGUGCUCCUCCCUCGUGGGGACUGUACUCUGUCUAAGUCUGUUUAACAAAGACAAUGUGAUAUCAGAAGGGGAUAUCAUAAGGUGGAUGACCUAGGAUCAAUUCCAGCCCAGUUACGAUCCAUCUCGUCAUGUUAAUGAUCAUGAAGUGCAAACUGCUGUCCAAGAUUAGCAGCUUGUUAUGUGUAAACACCUAACUAUCUUCACUGAGCUUCACACAGGUCUUCACAUUAAGCUGUGUGGAAACAGCAAAUGUAACUAACAUGUAAAUCUUCUGUAAAUCGAACUUGCACACAGUUGAGCACUCACUGAAUAUGCUCAGUGGCUAAUUCUUAGCUGGAAUGUGAUUUAACAAACUGUCCUUGCUCUCGUCAUUAGCCAUUCACUCCUAUAUCAUGUUUCCCCAGCUGCACACUCCUCCUUUAGCUUGCAUGUGGAGACCCUGGACUAUACUUUACGGAGAGACAUGUUUGAAGAUGUCGAAUUUUACUAAUGUGCUGCAGCUGUAUUUUAAUCAUUUGAUGAACAAGUUUGUGUUUGUAACUAACUCCUGUUAAACUGUAGUGAAUUGAGGUGUGAAGUACAUUUUGGCUUUGUAGUUUUUUUGGCACUGUAAAUUUGCAUUAAAACGAAGUUGGAUUGUA